GUCAUUACUUAAUGUGAUAACAACCAAAAUACCAAUACAGUAUAGAAUUCCUCUUCAGUACAGAUUUCCUCUUUAACACUAUGGAGCUUAUAGAUGCUACUGUAUAUACUGCAAUACCUCACCUUAUGAUGGUUAACAAUUCUUGCAGAGCACACAAGAAGACACGUUGUGUAGUAGAGAGGGGGAUUGGCCAGCUCAAGCGACGGUUCCAUGUACUUCAUGGUGAAGUACGAUUGUCCCCAGAGAAGACAUGCAAAAUCGUCUAUGUCUGUGCUCUGCUCCACAACAUGUGCAAGCAGUUUAACAUUCCACUGCCUAUCAACGAGGAAGAUGAACUGUUCCACGAUGCAGCUGAAGGGGACGUAGGUGCAGAUGAAGAAGAGCCAGGUGAAGCUGAGAUACUUCCUAAUCCUGGUAGACCAGCUGGCCAUAACGGACAUCCAUUUCGAGAUUAUAUUGCCAAUUUUCAUUUCAGGACGCAGGUUAUGGUGUAGCAGUGCUGGUGAACUCAACUGUUGUAUGACCUGAAUCUGUGUCUAAUGGCAGAUUAUAUCUGAGUAGUCUGCUCUUGCAUCCCGUCAUGGCGUCCAGCCCACUUGACGAUAUGGAGGAAUUGUGUGAAGCAAUGAUGAGACACCAACCAACGGCGGAUCUGGUCACUGCUGUACGGAAAGGAGACGAGGCAGGGAUGGAGUCGGCACUCGCUGGGGGUGCCCGCCCGGAGGUUAUAAUCCCUACUACUCGCGGGGUGUCGUGGAAUUUGGUGAGUGAGGCCGCUUUCAGGGGUCACGACCAUUUGCUUCCUCGUCUACUGCAGGCGGGGCUGAGCAUAGAAGGUGAAGGCACCGACAACAUGACACCACUGAUGCAUUCUGCUGUGAAGGGCCACACCCGGACAGUAAAGGCACUACUGACUCUCGGUGCGAACCCUAUGGCAACAAAUAAUAAUGGAUGGACAGCUCUGUAUUUUGCUGUACAAUACUGCCACCAGCAGUGUGUGGAGACCCUCUUGUCCGUCACCCAUCCUACUGCCGUACACCUCAAGAAACUCACACCAGUGCACAUCGCCAGUUAUUGUGGCCAUGUGGAUGUACUGGAUCAGUUGUGGUGUGCUGGCUGGCCCUUCACCGCCAGGGACCGUGGUGGUUGCACACCCCAACACCAUGCUGCAGCAGGGGGAUAUUUAGAAGCAUUGCAGUGGCUGGUGGAGCGUGGUGGUGACCUGCGCGUUCAAGAUGAUGUUGGACGCACUCCGUUUGACGUGGCAGUGCAGUUUGGGCGCAACGAUGUGGAGACAUGGCUGGCCAAGAAUGGCGGUGGUGUUGUGAGGAACGAGAAUCGCCAUGUGGCGGAAGUGAGGCUUUGGUGUGAAAGGCAUGAACAACACCACAACGAUGUUUUGUCGUGGAUGAUGGCUGCCAACACGGCAACCAUUAUGGGCAACAUUCCCGAGCACCAUGACGGUCAUGUGUUGAGCCAGGCAGGCUUAACCCCACUGCAUUCCGCAGCCCUAUUCGGUGCUCCUAGUCGUGCAGUGGAGGCUUUGCUGGGACGCGGAGUGAGCCCUCAUGUGAUCACCCCUAACAAUAUGACACCAGCUGACCUGGCACGGCAGAAAGGCCAUGAUACAGUUAUUAAGGGACUGCUUUGCCACAAUUGUGAACAAAGCGACAGCCCACCCGAGCACCUAUAUGAGGAGCUGCUCUCAGUAGUCAGUCGUGGGGACGAUGUACAGGCAGUGUCCAGCCUCCUGUGCAAGGGUGCUCCUACGGAGGCCUGGGGUAACAACUCCGUACUUAGAUUGGCUGUCGCCACCAACCGUGCACGCACCGUCAGCUUGCUGCUGGCUAGUGGCACGUCGCUGCCCUCCACUCUGUUGCAGGAGGCAUGGCAGAGUCCCGAUGUCACCCACAACGUGCUGGCAUCCCUCACGACCGCCUACUGUUGCCGGCUACGUGAAGAGCAACGUCGCCUGGAAAAACUCAACAGUUGCCUUGUCGAGGGCAUAAAAAAUCUCGUAAAAACCAUUAAAGGAAAUACCCCCUGGCAAGCUGCUUGGAGAUGGGGUGAGGGGAUUGACCGGCAAGCACUGAGCGACCUCCUGGCAAAGGCAGCGGGUGCCAACUGUCCAGUGACUGCAACCUACCUCUUGAGGGCAGGAGCGUGGCCUUUCUUUAGUCGGGGUACAAGUAGGAGUGCCCUGCACCUGGCUCUGGAGGCGGGCCACCAGAGCAUGACAGAAUUGCUUAUCAGGGACCACGGGGGCUGUCUGUAUGUGCCGGACAUGCAUAAACGCCUUCCAGUGCACAUGAUGAGUGAUAAAGAUCGACAGAGGCUGGAGCAGAAAAUCUUUGAGAAGGAGCGUGAAAAAUUGGAGAAUAUGGAGCUUCGCUUGAAGGCAAGCCAUGAGAAGAAAGCAGCAUGCACAGCAUUGAGUAUCCAAGAGGUUCUUUUUGAGAGUUACAAGAAAGGCAAGAGUUGGAAUGUCUCCUCACCUGAUGCUCGUGAAACCCUGUUGCUGGCCUCGCGCAAAGGCCUGCUGCAGGUAUCUCAUCUUAUACUGCAAGUGGGUCGCCUUCCUGUGGUUGAGGUGCUAGACGACAUCUGCGGCACCACUGCCCUCCACCAGGCCGCCUCGUACGGCCAGGAUGGGUGCGUGGAGCUGCUAUUGAGUGCUGGCGCGAACACGCAACAGUGCGACGCUUAUGGCCAUACACCCCGCCAUCUGGCCGCCAUGUUUGGACACAAAAGCACUUUUGAACUCCUGGCACACCAAGAGAAACAGGACCCUCCUUGCCGAGCAGGCACAACUGCUACGCAGCUAAAGGACAAUUUCAAGAUAUAUCACAAUAUGUAUUACAAGUACAGCAGAAAAUUACAUUCACCAUUUGACCGUCAUGAUCCCAGAAGCGUCAUAAGAAAUCUUGUGAAAUCCAUAGACCUGCCAAAGCUGCAAAAGGAGGCUCAGCAGAUGGUUCUGGAUAUGUCAAAGGGAGAGGCAUUAGAGGUAAAGGAAGCAAUCUUAGCGGAAAUAAACAUCAUUAUGAAUAAGGUGUCAACCAAUAAUCCCACCUACCGCGGAGACCUGAGGCUAGCUGGCAGUGCACGGGACGGCUCUAAGUUAUAUGCUCCCGACGAAUUUGAUAUAAAUCUCGUAAUUCAAGAAGAUGACCUAGAAGUAAAUGUUAGUAACAGAAGGGAGGAGGAAGCUCCACUUAAGGGCAGGUUACGGAUUUCUAUGAAGACUGACAAACCUCACCUUGAAGGGAAUAGAUUUAUGGCCAGUCUGUAUGAGGAGAUGAAUCGUUGCCUUGCUGGCCAUGUCGUGCAGGACAAAAGACUAAGCCUGGUACCGCCGGGCCUUACAAGCACGCAGGUGGGCGUCGCACUUUACAUGGCAUGGCAGGGGCGACUGUAUCCAUUGCUGCUGGUCGGUGUGGAUCUGGUUCCAGUGCUAGAGGUGCCUUGGCUUGAACAAGUUUCCAGACCCUUCCUCACUCCCAAGGACAUUACAACCAUGCAGCUCAGUAAUGCUGCGGACGGCACAUGGCGCUGCAGCUUUGCCUUGACAGAGGCAAUGGUACUCGAAGCGUUGACCCCCGUGGAGCGCCAGGUACAGCUGAUGGGAAAAUUACUUCUUUCCCGCCUUAAGGCAGAGCCUUGGAUGCCUCGGCAUAAAAAGAGUUUUUUCAUGUGGUUUUCCACACGUGAAUGGAAGAUCGGGGUGCCAAGCGGGUUCUGCUUCAAGAAUGCAUUCCUGCAGUGGCUAGAGCAGAGACAAAGGAGGAAACUGGACCUUAGGGGUGGAUGGGAGGAGGAAGGCGACAAGGAAUUUUGGGUUGGACAAAAAGAAGAUCCGGACCAGGAGGUCGGGAAGGAGCAGGAGGAUCCCAGCAAAUGGCUAGUGGAGGUGUUCAGACUGAUGUGUGUGAACCCUGAUGAAUCACGAGAGCACCUGGCAACAAAAAACAGCUCUGCCUACUUUGGUGGAGAAUGUGAAGGGCGGAAGCCGGGUGACGGGGCGCCUAUUAUCGUGCAAUGUUUGGAGGAGGACUUAGAAAAGUUCUGUCCUGACUCUGCUUCUGCCAAGGAAGCCAGGCCGCUGCAAAGAAGGUAUUAAAUGCACAAGAUGCAGUGAACUUUGCCAUCAUAAGGACCUGACACUCAGAGAAACAUAUAUGCUUGGUGUUCGAUUUUCAGAUUCAAUAAUUUAUUUAAUUAAUCAACUAUUCAUAAAGCUCACAUAUAUAUAUAUAUA